GUGUGGUGAUUGGAAAACUUAAUAUUUUAGUUUGAGAUAAUCCAUUUUGUUGAUGUUCUUUGUCUCCAUGGAGAUGGUAAUAUUGAAAGAAGCAUUUGGAACAAUAUAAUUGUGUCAACAUUCAUCUGAGUUUAUUGCUGGGUUGUGUGCAGCCAUGAUCUUCAGACUGAUGUAAUGAAUUUCAUAACACUACCUUUAGUCAUAACUGACCCAUUUGAAGUAAUAUUAACAUGUGAUAAGUAAGACUUUGAGGCAUCAUGCACACAUAAGCACUUUGUAUUGCCUUGUUGCUGAAAAUGUGCUAUAUAAAUAAAAUUACCCUUACCUUUUACCUAUAAGGGAUGCAGAUUAUUAUUUUAAUUAUUUUGUCUGGCUUAUCUCCAGACAAAAUAUAGUGGCCACUUUAACACUGGAUAUGGAUUUCUAAACCAAAUAAAGUUAAUUUUUUUGUAGGAGCCCCUGGAAAGGCCACUUAUGUUGGCCUAUUUAUUUAGAUCCCUACUUUAAAAGAUGUUCAUCUAUAAAACUUUAAAUUUUAUACUAGAUGUACAUUUCUGCUGUUGGCUAUAUGUGGGAGAAGGCAAUACUGAUGGGAUGUCAGAGUAACUGUGGCUGUGAUUGUGAAAAAUUUGUGGAGCUCAAAGGAAUUUAGUCUGAUUAGCUACAAUUAAGAUUUUGGUAAUUUACAAAUGCUAUUGGAAACAUUUUUAAAACUUUGAUACUUUUAAAGUAUUAAAGUUGUGUAAGCAGUGAUUUAAGUAUAAUAGUAAUGAAUGGAUCACAAAUUUAUCCCUGGCUACUAUUAAGUAUGAUAAAAUGUACCUGUGGGAUCAAAGAUUUGUGAGGAUGGGUUGUUAUAGAAGGGUAAACUAAGUAACUUGUUGCAGGGCUUCAUUUUAUUCACACUAACGGCACAAUCUAAGAUUACAGGUGUUUCAUUAGCUAUUAAAAAGUCACAGUGUAUAGCUCUUUAAUUUAUGUUUCCAAAUGUUUAAGAGUUUAUGGCUAGGGAUGAAUUACCAAUAAGACUAAAUUUGAUUUGUUGUCUUUAAUGAUUGAUUGGUACCAAGAUGAAGCUAGAAGUUUGUUUAUCUGAGUGGUGAUGGUCUAUACAUGUUUGAUCCUUGAGUUUUAGAGUGUGUUCUGGUUUUUAUGUAAAAUUGUGAUUUUUGCUGUUUUUUGUGACUAAAGAUGAGCUUUAUUUAUUUUAUCUCUUAAUUUCCUUCUUUGUAUUCACAUCUGGCAUAGCAAUAAUAUUGUUAAUUAAAUAUAUUCAAGAAAAACAAACAUUCACACACCUGGGUUAUUGUAUUGUUGGUAUUUCAGUGUUCCCUCGAAACAUUGCUUUGGACUUUUAUGACUGUCAAGAUACUGAAUUAUAGCUGUUUUUGCUUUAUUUUUUUCCUUCACAGGCCAUACUAUGGCGCUUCCAGCAGAUGGAUCCCCAAUGUUGGAGGCACAUCAAGACAAAGGUAAGGAUCAUGGUAAGGUAUGGUUAAAUGAAGCCAACAUGGUUUCUGAAGACCAUGGAGAGGAGUUGAGGUAUAGUUCACCUCCGCGGUCUGUGGACUGUUCUACCAGCUCCAGUAGUAGCAAUACUACCAGCUCCAGUGGUAGCUCUACCACUAGUUCCACUGAAGACGAGGUAGGUAAUGAAGACCAGCAUGACUUUAAAUCCCGAUUUCGGGUUGUCCAGGUCCUUCGACCAAAUAUUAAAUUCCUGUGGGGUAUAGGAGUGCUUGAAGAGUCAUUGAAACUUCUGAAUUCGACGAUUCAUCAGCUGUGCUCCGCUGACAGUAGUCUGACAGUAGUCGAUGUUGCGUCACAGUUGCUUGAGAUUCUUCCCCCAAAUUUCCAAUACAUACAAGACAUUGGGGUGGCUCAGAAAUGUCAAGAAGACACAGCUCCCUGUACUUCACUUGAAUUCACAUCUGGACUUGACAAAAAGCAAGAGCCAAUUUUGCGUCCAGAGAAGUUCAGACCUAUCGCUACUUUGCAACAUCAUCAGGUAGGUUUGGAAGAGGACGGGGCUUCUUUGACCUCCAGACAUGCCAGAAGAAUAACGAAUAAGGUGUAUGCUGCGAAGGAGGACGACCCACCAUCAAAGCUUAGUUUUGGUACCGUGCUUCCUUCCAGCUUUAAUUUCACAUCUGGACUUGACAAACAGGAAGAGUCAAUUUUGCGUCCAGAGGACUCCAAACCUAUCGGUAUCUCACCACAACCUCUGGGGGGUUGGAAAAAUGUAGUGGCUUCUUUAACUUUUGGCUGUGCCAACAGAACUACAAAGAAGGUGGAUGCUGCAAAGGAGGACGACCCAAAGCCUAGUCAUCAGGUAGGUUUAAAAGAGGACGCAGCUCAUGUGACAUCUGUGACUGGCAUAAACGGAAAGAGGACAAAGGACAGUGAUGCUGAAGAGCAGCCCCCAGCCAAGAGGACUAGGGACACUGUUGCUGAAGAGGAGCUCCCCACGAAGAGGACCAGGGAUAGUGAUGAGGCUAAACAGGAGCCCUCUGCCAGGAGGAUUAGGGAGAACCAAGCUGAUGAUGAGCUCCCCUCCAAGAGGACCAGGUACACUGUUGCUAAAGAGGAGCCCCCAGCCAAGAGGACAAAGAUCGGUCUUCCUGCAAGGGGUGAUCUCUUUUCAGCUUUUUGGUCACGCCCUCUUGCUGGAAAGGACCUCCCUGCCAAGAGAACCAGGGACGGUGUUGCUAAAGAAGGGCCCCCUGCCAAGAGGAUUAAGAUCACUCUCCCCGCCAAGAUGACCAGGGACAGUAUUGCUGAAGUCAAGUUACCAGCCAAGAGGAUUAGGGACAGUGUUGCUGAAGAGGAGCUUGCCGCCAAGAGGACUAAGUAUAGCGAUGAUGCCAGUUGGGACGAGGUCUUUCACAGCAUUCUCAGAAAGGUGGCAUGGACAUGUGGUAAUUCUCUGUUCAUUCCCUACCGAAAGACAGAAUAUGAAGAUCCCAUUCUGAUACACCCUGUCCCCAGUCUCCUACCUUGGACAUCGUGUAAGGAUCCUGGAUUGUCAUCCCCAGUCCUCAGUCCCUCUUGUAAAAUGGCGCGUAAACCUCCUGUUUUGCCAUCCCCCGUCCUCAGUCCCUCACCAUUGACGCAGUACAGUGAAGAUCCCAUUUUGUCACCCCGUGUUUUCAGUCCCCCACCAAGGAUGCCAUGUGACAUAGAAGAGGAACCAAUACCAUCAACAUCUAGUGGAAUUACAGCAAGAGUGAGUUCCAGACAUGUGUGGUUUAGCAGACAUGUGUGGUUUAGACCUCGCUACGUCUUGUCAAGUGACUCUGAUUAGAUUGGGAUCUGUAAAAACUGAAGACCAAUUUGGGAAGUCACAUUAGAACAUUCAUUUCUCUUUGGGUUUUUAUUAAAGCCAAUGGCUUUCUAGCAAGCCUGAAGAAACCUUAGGUAGAGCCUUGCACCGGGUUUUCUUCAUCUUUGUGUUUUCCUCUUAUCUCCCCCAUGUUGCAGGGUGUGAUAGCGGUUCUUCCCUACACAGUGCUCUCCAGUACAGUAAAUUAUUCUAUCCUGUUCCUCUACUAAUCCACUCUCCAAGUUUUUAAUCUUUCAGGUUGUAGCUGCUCAUCGCUGGAUCCUUUCAUCGUUGCCCAUGUGGUUCCUGCCUUCUGGAUCUCUUGUUUUUCACACUGUUUGUUGGAUCCCCUCAGCCUGAAAACCUCCACCUUCACCACCGUCAGUCAGAUGGAGGAAGAUAAGAGAAUCCAGUUGAAAAAAAAUUCCUUUCAUAACAGCAGAGCUUUGAUAAACUUUGUGCUGAUGAAAGGAGGAUCAGGAAUAGAGCAGAGGACCUGCUGAUCUACUGGUUCUGGUUCUAGUAGAUUUUAUAAAUGCAUGACUGAGACAAGACAACAGCACUGGACCAAUCAGGAGAGAGAAGACACAGAUAACUGAGGGGACACAGAAAAUCCUGCUGAAAGUCCAUAGAAGAAGUUUCCAGCUGAGGACACAGAAUAAAGAGACAGAGAUCAUGUGAAGUUGGAUCUCCUCAGCCUGUAAACCUCCACCUUCAACACCACCAGUCAGGUGGAGGAAGAUAA